GCAACGGGGCAAUGCAACCAUAGCAAGCGUCGACCUUAUUUUUCGUAUUUUGCAGGCAUGGUCGGUGCUGUCUGCCCAGACAUAAAUAUAAACAUCAAAUAACCGAAUACAAUAUUUAUAAUUUAAUAAUACAUUUAAAAUAUGAAAAAUAACAAAAGACUACAACGGAAAUACUUCCGUUUUACUUCCGCAUGUGCGCAUUGGCAGAUUGAGAGUGUCCACAAUGAAGGUUAUUACCUGGAAUAUAAACGGUAUCAGGACUUUCAGAAGCGGCAUAAAAAGGGCCCUUGACUCACUAGAUGCAGAUAUUAUCUGUGUUCAGGAGACCAAAGUGACAAGAGACCUGCUGGAUGAAAGGACUGCUAUUGUUGACGGCUACAACUCCUAUUUCAGCUACAGUCGAGGACGCAGCGGCUACUCAGGGGUUGCCACUUACUGUAAGGACAGCGCCACUCCAUUUGCUGCUGAGGAGGGUCUCACAGGUCUGCUGACCAACCAUGAAGGUGCUGUUGGUUGCUACGGUGACCACACUGAGUUUUCAAGCGAGGAGCUGCAGCUUUUGGACAAUGAAGGACGAGCCGUUAUCACACAACACAAAGUCAUGUGUCAGGACAAAGAGCAAACUCUUACUGUAAUAAAUGUAUACUGUCCACGGGCUGACCCUGAAAAGCCGGAGCGAAAGCAGUUCAAACUACAGUUCUACAAGUUGCUUCAGUGUCGGGCUGAAGCUUUACUCAAAGAUGGGAGCCAUGUGAUUGUUUUAGGAGACGUAAAUACAUCUCAUCGGCAAAUAGACCACUGUGACCCCAGUGAUGCUGAUGAUUUUGGUGAAAACCCUGGGAGGAAAUGGCUGAAUGGCUUCUUGCAUAGCCUCACAGAAGAAGAGGACAGGGAUGAGGAGGAACGUGAUGAAGAAUCUGAGGUAACAGAUCCCGUCAACGGUGGAAAAUUUGUGGAUACUUUUCGCUAUUUCCACCCAUCUCGCACCAACGCUUUCACGUGCUGGUCAACUCUGACUGGAGCGCGGCAGACCAACUAUGGCACACGCAUUGACUACAUAUUUGCCAAUUACCAGCUGGCCAAGGAGCAGUUUGUGGCAGCAGACAUCAUGCCAGAAGUGGAGGGGUCGGACCACUGCCCUGUGUGGGGGCAGUUGAGCUGCUCUCUCCUUCCCAGUUCCAAGCCUCCCCGCCUCUGUACUCGCUAUCUGCCGGAGUUUGCUGGAAAACAGCAGAAACUCUCACACUUCCUCGUUAAAGUGGACCAAAAAUCUAUUGAAUCUGAGCAGAAGAAAGAUUUACCUGGAUCUCAAGAAGAGGAGGAAAGGAGGGAGAAUUUAAACCCACUGGGAGCUGGAAACAAUGCCAGUAAAAAGCGGUUAUUAACAUCAGACACUGUCAUCCCAAAGGGGAAAAAGACUAAGACUGCAAAUACUUCUUCAAAGCCACAGGGCAAUCUGCUUUCCUUUUUCAAACCCAAGCUCACAAAUGUCAAGCAUUGUGAAAAAGCAACAAGUGGGGAUGAAGUUACCUCAUCACACAGCGACCAAAUAUCGUCCUCCACUAAACAAGAGUCAUCAGUCUCAGAUGCCGUAGCUGCUGAUACUGAACGAGUCUUCGACACCACAGCAGAAACUGACAAAAAGAUGAAACAUUUAACCCCUCAGCCUGCCGUCGGGCACUCAGAAGCCAAGAAAGGAGCAACAUUAGGGUUUUGGAAGUCAGUGCUCCAUGGACCACCCCCACCACCCUGCUGUAAAGGCCACGGGGAACCCUGUGUACUUCGUACUGUGAAAAAGGAUGGACCAAACAUGGGCAAACAGUUUUUUGUGUGUGCCCGUCCUCAGGGACACGCCUCCAACCCAGAGGCUCGGUGUAAUUUCUUUGCGUGGGUCGACAAGGGGAAGUGACAUGUUUACUGUACGGACCACAAGUUGUUCUCUCAGUAAAACCUCUAGUUCCAACAAGUGUUAUGACAACAUUAUGCUUUCAUCUGUUUUAAGUGUUCACUAUUUGUUUUUUUUUUUUAGCUUAAUAAUAAAAGACAGUAGUUUUGUAUUAAUUUGAGUUUGAUUUUAUUUGUUCCUUAAGCUGAAACAAUUAGGCAAUAGAGUAAUUAUUCAACAGGAAAAUGAUCUGUUUUGAUAAUCAACUGUGACAAUGAUUUUACCCCAAAGUGAUAUAUGUCUUCAGGUUGCAGCUUCUAAAAUGCAGGAAUUUGCAACUUUUCUGUGUUUUUUGUAAUCAAAAAAUGAAUCACCUACAGUUUUGGGCAGUUCUUUAUACAAGCUAAACUAUCUGAAGACACUACCAAGGGUCCCGGCAAAGCCCACACUGUGAAAAAAAUUUAUUAAAAUUAAAUUAAAGUUAAAUUACAGAUUGUAGCAGAUAGUUCAAAUUUGCAUGAUAACAUAAAAAACUAAUUUGUUGUAUUAUAACAUUUGACUAUAAAGUUGCACAAUGUUUUACUGUAUUUAAAUCAUCAAAAAUACUGUUAUUUUUACAGAUAUUUUCCAUUAUUUGAAAGAAAAAUUAUGUAUUUUAGAGACUGAAAAAUGGUUAAUAGUUAUUUAAGGGUUAUUUUGCUGAUUUUCCUUGUUUUGUUAAAUUACUGAUCUAAUCUAAUGCCUAAUGAAAUCACACAUACACUUAAUGUUCACAUCAAAAAUAUGCGUUAUUACACAUAGUAAUUUGUUCUUUUACAGCGUGUAAUCAUAAAAUUCCACAAUAUAACUGUAUUUCAAUCAGGUAAAUGUAUAAUUUUACUGAUAUUUGUUUUUGAUAUAAAUUAUUUCAUUGUUUUUAAUGUAUUUUUUUAUGGCACCCUUGCUGCCUGAUUUUUUUUUUUUUUUUUAAUCGGUGUAGCAUUUCCCCCCCCCCCCCCCCCUUUUUUUUUUGCCACAUUACAGAAUGAAUGGUCAAUUACGCAAUUGCUGUUAGGUUAAUCAGUGAUGAAAACGGCUGUUAGUUGCGGUCUUACCUUUUCUCGUUCCGUAAUAUUGUACAAAGAGUGUGAAACUGGCCUGUUUACUUCGGAGAAUGUUGAGUUAAUGUGCCUCACGUCAUGUGGCUUCUGAUGGUCAAAAUGCCAGAUAGUUUGAUAACAAACUGGAUAUUUAGUAAUUA